AAAUAUUUAUUUUGUAUAAUAAAACUUAUUAGAAGAAAUAUACUAAAAAAUUGGCCGUUCGCAAAAUUAUGUGUAUCUACUUCAUACAAGAUGGGCCACUUAAAUGUUCAAAAGAAGUUGGAGGAAUUCCAAAAGAAGCUCGAUGUACCCAAAUGGUAUUUGGGCUUAUCAGAGUAUCAGGAGCGAACCGUCUUGGAGCUAUGCAACGAUCUACGCGAUGACUUCGAGCAAGGCACUAGCUUUCGCGUGGAGAAAAGCUUAAUGCGUCUGGGCCUAAGUCCGCUCAUCACCAAGAAAAAGAUCCGCACUAUGGUGGUAUUGAGUCGAGGUAACGACUUAGCUUUUCUUUUCUUUAUACUCGAGGGCUACUAUAUGAGUUGUCGUAAGAAUGGCGAGUUCACCACCAACGAGAGGCUGCUAUUGAUGGCAAUGAGCAAAAUCGAUCUGCUGCCAACCCUUCGUGAGUUAGAUCGCAUUUUGCCACCGCCGCAGUUGAGUGAUUUGGAUUUGAAGCGUCAGCAUCGCAGCUACAAUACGCCGAGACCGUCCAAGGCCCUGGUGGCAGAUGGACGCCCAAAGAAAAAGAGUGAAAAGUCACCCAAAACUCCUUACUUCCAACGUCAGCCGAGGCCCAAGGAGAUCGUUGUUAAGUACACAAGUAAGCCACCCAAUUUGAUUGCAACCUUCCCGUUCUGGCGUUUGGAUCAGCCACCGAAUUAUGGUAGAAAUACCGAGCCACCGUGGUUCGCCGAAUACAACUUGAAUCCUGUGGGUCGACUGGUUAAAACUACUGUGGGUGAAGCGGUUGACAAGUAUUUCAAUCAACUCAAUCACAUUAAAUAUCUCGAGCGCAAGGCCAGGUUUAGCCGCAGGGCUGCCGCCGCAUUAGAAAGAGCUCUAAGUACCGAUAUAGAUGAGCCGCAGAUGUGCACUUAUCACAAAUUUGCACUUGACCAAACGCAGCUACUCAAAGACGAAAUGACGGUGAUGGCUCGAAAUCGUUGUCUAGAAUUGAUGGAUGUGACCCUGCCCUACCGCAAGAUGCGAGAAAAGCGUAUUGUAGCCCAGCUUGAACAUGACAUUGACGAUUGCAUGAAGCGAUACGCGCUGAAGCUUGAGAGCACAACGGUGCACACGAUAGCAAAGAAUGACUGCGUGCUGUGCCAGGAGCAACGUGUUGAUUUUCCCGUAGCUAAGCCCCAUGAUCAAAAAGGCCGUGCCUUAAUUGGGGAGAACCUGCAUUUAGCACACACUGAAGCAACUGAGAUGUGUGUUGGCAAGCGGCUGACAGGCGGUGGCUUGCGCAAAGAGUCAAUCGAUUUUGAAGCUGAAACGGAGCCAUGUCCAAAAUCUGGUAUCAACGUAAAUUGGAUACCUGAAAAUGAGCCGCCAUCGUGCUUUGCGCCAAAGGGCAAGAGCCAGCAGCGCAUAUCCUUCAUGGUGGAUGAUAGCAAAUUAAAGAGGCUGAGAAAGAAUCGGAAGGAGUCCUCCGUGGAAGUACGCUUUCAGGGCAAACAGACCAAGAAGUCAUUUUUCGUGGCACCCUCCGAUCACAAGCCCUACCAAUUCAAGUACAAGCGCAUAUUCCAGUCUGGGCAAGAAAAGCCGCGAGACAUCAAGAAGGUGAUCGCCAAGGCCUUCGUGCAUGCCCUAGAUUGGGGCGAUGAAAGUCCUGCUCCCAUAUGCCAUAAGCCAUCCGUCACAUCCGACGAAGAUGCGGAAAAUCUAGAGAUGGAGAUCAACAGCGUCCGUUUAACAGACAGCUGCGCCUCCAUAGGUGACACCAGUGAACACAGCAAUCGCAGCCAUGAGAACUACAGGGCCGAUAUUGUUGACGCUGUGGUGCGCUGCGCCAAGGAUAUUUGGUUGAAGGGUGUCAAUGUAAAACGCGCCGAAAUGAAAGCUCAGGAGGAAAUGGAGAAAAGUAGGACAUCGGAUCAAGCGGAGCUUAAAUAUAAUAUCAAGAAAUUCGAUCCAGAUGACGCGCAGCUCAUGAAUCGUAUGCUUCAGGAUGGGCUGGAUCUGCUGCAAAAAAAUCAACGCUACGUCCUGGCCUCCCUUCCCGAUGCUUACAAGCUGCCCGUCCUCCAAGAAUGGAUAAAACGACGCUAUGGCAAGCAAUAUACCGAAGAGGAGAUCCAGAAGAACAUACAAGAGUCGGUGAAAAUAUUUGAGCUGAUUACCAUGCUGCAAUCCAGCCCGCCACAGGCAGACUUAAUGGGCAUGGACAAGCUUCCGAAGAGCAAGGAGACCUUUGCCUUCCGCAAUCAAGCCAAGGCCCUGGCCGCAAAGGUGCGAUUGAAGUACUACAACCAACUGAACGAUUUGUACAUGACCCACAUGGGUGCCUGCUGGUAUGCCAUGGGCAAUUACUUGUGCCGUGGCGGACCGCCAAGGCAAACCUUCUAUGCAUACAUGUCGUCCAAUACUCGGGAUAUCAUGCGCAACAAGGUGUGGAACGGCGAGUAUAGGAACAUACGGCGCUUCCGCGAUCAUUACAAGGAAACCCAUAACACCUAGACACUUUAAUUCUCAGACAUUUAUUAACAAUAUGGUUAACAAUCAA